UGUGAGGGCCCGCCGGGACCUGCACGCGCGGCACCGGCAUGGCACAUACCACCACCCGCGCGCCCACACCACCCACCGCCCGAUAGUCCAAGGGUCCAGCGCUUGUCCGCGCCAGUAUGCGGCGACACUGAAGGGCUCCUUCCGCGCUGACCUGGCUGGAAGGAGCUGUGACCUGACCUGACCUGCAACCAAAGAGUUAGAAAGUGAGAUUAUGCUUAUUAGCUUCUGAAAGUGCCUUUGCUGCUGAAUAUAACACGUGUGACAGUGAUAUGACUGGUAGAGAACAGUAGGUUAACCGUUUCGUCGCGAGCGCCAUGUGAGCGAGUCAUGGGGCCGAUCCGUGCCUUCGUGCGCCCCCCCCACGGAGCCGCCCCGGGGGAGUCGGUCACCACCGCCAGCCUCUUCAGCCCCUCGCACCACCAGAGCUUCUCCGCCCGCCACCGCCCCUUCUCCGCCGCCCACGCCACGUCCCCCUCCCUCGCCUUGCACCACCACCACCACCAUCACCACCUCCCGUGCGCCGCCCAUGUCAGCCCGUCCUCCCUCGGCGCCCAUGACCAGCUCUUCAACCCCCGCGCCUGCGCCUCUCCCGAGCCCCCGCGCGUGGGUCUAGGAUCUUCGCUUGGGUCCUCCGAGACGCCGCCGCCUCCUCCUCCUGCGCGGCCGUGCAGCCCUCACCGACACUUUAAGAAGAUCCUGCCCCCAGGAGCGGCGGCGGCGCUGCAGCUCCCGCAGCACCCCCGCCUUUCGCUGGCGCGCUCCGACACUGCGCCGGGAGGACCCGUCGGCGCGGGGGGCGCCGGGAGGAACAGCUGCGGCGACGCGUUCGAGAGCAAGCAGCAGCAGCGGAAGCAGAGGCAGCAGCAGGAUGACAAGGCCAAGGAGAGGAAGAGCGCCUUUGGCUUCGAGGAGAGUUACAAGGAAUGCAAAUGGAAAAUCUGUGACGAAUGGAGGAGGGAUGACAAGGAUGAGAGUGACUGGAAAAAGGACACUGCAGGAGGCAAGUGGAAGAGAGAUUUCGAUAAACACAAGUGGAAUAAAGCGUACAGUGAAGUUAAAUGGAAGAAGGAAAAUAGUUACAAGUGGAAAAAGGAGAGACGUGACGUUGGGUGGAAAAAGGACAAAGAUGAAUAUAAGUGGAAAGGAGAGAGGGCCGCGCCGGCCACGUGCGCCACGCCAGAAGCCAAGCCCGACAUCACGUCGCCCUCGCAGGUGGCACUCGAAUUCCCCUUCUCGGACGAGGACGACGAAGGCGACGACGAGAGCGGCAGCGGAGGCAGGCGCGGCGACGGCAGCAGGCACGAGGCGUGGCCCAUCUCGGACAUCGUGGAGACGGAGGACGAGGAGGGGGAGGUCGGCGCGCGGAGCAGCGACGCGUACGAGCAAGCAGCGUGGGAGAAAGAGGGCGAGAAGGCCGGCCCGGGAGCGGGCAAGGAGGGCGAAGGAGAGGCCGGGCUGGGCAACGCUAGUCCAGAGAAUCCCAAUCUAGUCAUCCGCGCGGCGGUCGCCCCAGAACACGCUCACACCAGAGUACCUGAACACACGGCCAGUGUUAGCAGAGCUUCCCAUGCAAGUGAAAAUCCGUUCUGCAAGCGCCCUAGCUUGUUGCAAGAAGAAGAUGAGUACUCGAGGGUGCGCGAGAGCCAAGAGACCUCGGGCCACGACAGGAGCGACGGGGAAGAGGACCUCGACGCCGACAGGAAGGACGACGAGGGCGACGUCCCCCGCGACGGCGUGAGGGCGACGCAGCGCCUCCGUCCUCGCAGCUACAGGCAGUUCCUCCUGACGAGAGAGCGAAGGAGCCGCGAGUUCCUGAAAGCGCGCAGUUACCACCUUGGCAGAUGGUUCGUGACCCACUUCACUCACCCGUACCCGUCGAAGGAACAGAAGGACCAGCUGGCGAGCCGCACCAACAUGACGAGGAACCAGGUGAGCGAAUGGUUCGGCAACAUGAGGCGCAGGAUUCGUGAGGCAACUCGGGGUCUGGGCGUGUGCUGGGAGGAGAAGGUCCGCGUGUACAACUCGGUCAUCACGGGCAAGUCGGAGCCAUUGCCCAUUGAGUCGGGGGACGCUAUCAACACGUGGGUCCCGCCCAUCUCGCAAGAACCCUCCUCCUUGGACACGAGCGAGGAAGUGUCCGUGACGCCCAAGUUCAAGACGACGCUGCUCCACCGCUACCUCAGCAACUCCUUCGAAUCCCCGGGAAGACGCGAGGACGAAGGAAGCGUCGUCAGGCCACCCGCCGCCUCCAGCCCGCCCUUGGGAGACGAAUCCAGGGCCGCCCACGAUCCUUACGCCUCGCCCGGGACGCUCAAGCCUGUCGUGCUGCCGCUGUGCACGUCAAGCCCCAAGGACAACAUCCAGGCUCGCUGGAACACGUCCUUUGAGCACGUGAAGGAUACCGCGGUGCUGGUGCCGAGGAAAGUCUCCCAGGGCAAGGCCGAGCACAGGGUGAAGUGCGGUAGGACUCCACUGCUGAUGGAUGGCAGGAUGGAGUCCCUGAAGAGAUCCUUCAGCGACUCUUUGAACGAGGAGGACCUCCACUCGCCGGGCGCCAAGAGGCAGCGGUCGACAGAGCCAGCUGUCGAAUGGCUCCACCAGGCCUCGACGUCUCAAGAACCCGCUUCGGUCGUCCUGUAUCGCCGUCGGUCAGAGGCGUGGGCCUCGGGGGCGCAGGCCAGCACCAGCAGCAGCCUCCACCUGUCUGCCUGGAACGCCCACGCGAUAUGCGGCGACAGCAGGUCCUCUGAUGAUGAUGGCAGCGACGAGCAGUGCUUCCGACAGCCCGAGGAGCUGGCGGCUGCCUAUACACUCAUGCAACUGCAACACAUGUAACGCACGUGAGGCAGUGGCGUAGCGCGUGGCACACAUGGCCAGCUGCAGCACGUGUGGUGCAUUUGGCGAGAAAUGCGUGCAACAUAUGGGCGGCUCCCAGCGUGAAGCACAUGAGCGGAACGAAGUAGCCCAUCAGCUGACUUCAAGAGCCUUGUUUUGCCGCUGAGAAGAAGAGCUUGUUCGCUAACCAUCUCAUUCCGCUUGUUCUGGUCAAGUCGCUGUGUUCUCUCACCUUCUUGCCCCGCCCCCUCCCCCAUAAACGAGGAGAGAAAGUAGGAAAAGGAAAAAGGAAAAAAAAGGCCUCAACAUCCUCAUGCUUUGGUCUUUCGGAGAGCUGAUGUGCUUUCCUGGAGCAUUCUCGUCUCAAGUGCCUUUUUGGGGAGGGGGCCGAGGUGGGGGCAUUUGGAAACUGUUUCUCUUCUCUUCCUGAGCUCUUCUUUGGACUCCUUCAGAUUUCUAGAUAGAAAGAAAUGAAAAUAAUAAGUCGUGUGUGAAUUGUGCCGUCCUUAUACUCCCUCUUUGUGAUACUUUAAAUCCCACGAUGAUUUUUUUUAAUGCUCAUAUUAUAUAAUGCAUCUUUGGUGUACUUGAAUGUGGAUAUUUAAAGAAAUGGACUGUUUGAAUGUACAUUCGAGUUCCAUAUACAAACUUUCUUCUAGGAGUUGUUUGUCUCAUAUGUAACUCUGUCUGGUGAGUGAAAGAAUUUAGCUGAUAAAAAAAGCCGGGAGAAGAGGUAAUUUUCCCACAGUACAACUCCUGUGUACAAAUAAGAAAUGCCUGAACAAUAGACGCUAUUUUUUGCGAAAUAAAAAAACUUCGGGACAUAACAGUGCCUAGUUCUUACAUGAUGUGAAAAUAUUUAGUAUCUUCGAAGUGAUUUCUUUUCUUCCUCAUUACCUAGUCGGACGUGAACGUAGCUCGUACAUCCAGUGCACUCGUAGAAGACCUUUUGCGAAGUGUGCCCCUCACAUCUCUUCGUGCAAGGAGUGAUCUAAGAGGAUAAACUAAGCAAGCACCAAGCCAGCCGUGACACACCAAGGAAAUCGAAUGGCAGAUCAUCUGAUGGUUUCUCAUUUUCAUUAAUUUUGCCCAGCUCAUAAGCGGGACCAACAGUGAGUCAAAUCGUAACCACACUCCACAUCUCGACUAGGGAAGUAGCUGGGCUAUCUCCAGUCUUUUUUUUUUAAUACUGUACUUUUUCCGUUAUUACAGUUACUUCAAAGCAGGUCUUUGAACGGUUAUAACCAUCACUAGCAAUAUAGCGUGAUCACGAAGGUAUUUCUAGUUUACGUUUUAGUAAGCUGGUGCGUACAUAUGCAGGGGCAAUCGUUUGUGAUUUACAAUAUUCAUUGCGUCUAGUCUUUCAAUAACUGCGUUUCCACGGAGAACUGUUAUUGGAUGUUCUGACUGACAGUGUAUAGAUGCUUUUACAAUACGACUGAGAAAUGUAUUCACUUCCAUAGAAAAUGAAAAAAAAAGUUGGAGCAAACUAUGUUCCUUCGACAGUGGCUGCUUGUAUUAUUACAGUGCCUUCAAGAUGCCACGAAGUGUACAGGAAUCUGUGUGUAGACUCCCGAUUGUGACGCCUAGUCAGAUGGUAAAAUGGUCACCCUCUCCAGGGAUGUGAUCAAGCAACGUCUCUUCGAAAAGAACGCUUGCUGACUGUUACAGAAUCAAGCUAGUCAAAACAGUUCUCUGUCGAAAGAGAUUGUAAAUAUUUACUUUUUUCUCUGCCUUAGUUCUGUAUACCCUUAUGGUUCUGCACAUCUUUUCCUAUAUGAAGCAAACCCUGAAAUAUAAACUAGUCAACAAGAAAAUACAAAAAACAAACCGGAACAGUCACUCAACAAGAUCUAGUCAAAAGGGGACAGGUAGCCAUUUCUGAAUACUGCGCCGCGAGCUCCAACCUGCCUCCCAAGCCAACUGAAAGAGGAUCCAAACAAGGAAAACAGGAUCAUGUCAGUCUUGCAUGUUCCUCCUUCCAAGUCCAUCCUUCUAAGGCAGUCCCUGUAAGGUCAUCCUUCAAGGCUGUCCUUCGAAGGUCAUCCUCUUAAAGCCAUUCUUCAAGGGUCAUUCUUCGAAAGGAAGAAUUUCGAGAGAAUGAAGAGGGACUUUUGACUUUUAGACACUCGUCUCUGUUCAAUGGGUGCUCCUCGUUCUCUACCUUGAACACUUGUCAUUUUCUUUUUGAAAUGGCACCAACGUAUAGUUCAUCUUGAAAUUGUCUUAUCAGUCUUCGGAUGAUUUAAUAAUGAAAAUACUUUAAAUGAUAUAAGCAUUAUUGAUGUUCUCUCAUGAGCUGUCUAUAUGCUUGUCUCCAAGAGAUUCAAACUAACAUCACGAUUAUUCCUAAUUAUGUCUGCGUGUCAUUAACUGCCGUCAUUAUUAAUCUACCAACUAAUAGCCACUUUAUACAAUAACCAACAACCGAAUUACACAUAACUCUGACCUGAAACCAACUCGCACAGCCGACAAUCACAUCUUAUUACAUUUAAAGAGCGUCAUUACUCUCUCUUCAUUACUGUUCACUUCUUUUCUUCUGAAGACAACCAGUGCUAUGCAGGCAGAAUAAAUGAAUUAGACUGUAGAGCUGUUUCUAACAAAUCAAAGGUAUUACGGAAAAGAUUCGUAAAGCUAUCAAUUAAAGAUCUAAAAUCAAAGUAUGCAAAAUUGUGCACUAUUUUCAAAUUCAUAGACUUCCCCUUAUCCUCAUUGGUAAUUCACCCAUUCAUUCUUUUCUGUGAGGUUAUAUCCAAAAAUGGAUUAGAAAAGUAAUUUUUAAAAAGGAAAUGGUGAGGUUAUAGAAUCUAACUGAACCAUAUUUUCUUCAAGAGACAACCAAACUCACAAGCAAAGGCAAAAGCAAAUUUCCCUUUUAGUGGUUAAGUUCAUGAGGAAGUUAUUGAUAUAUUCAUUAUGGUUCUAAACUGUGGCCACAGAGAAGUUUAAGCUUUACCAUGGAUUUAGUUUUACCUCAACAUUUCCUCGUUUAUUUGCCUAAAUGGUUACUGGCUUCUGAACACAUUGGAGAGAUGAUUAAUUUACUGAUAGAUAAUAAUGAAGUAUAGGAUGAUUUGUUUUAAAAAAACUUUUCUUACUGUCAACUAAUGUCACUAUAGGGUUGCUGUUACUGCUAUUACUACCACUUCUAAUACUGCUGCUACUACUUUUACUAGCACUGCUGUUGAUAAUAGGACCUUUACCACUGCUGUUACAACUACUCUUACUAACACUACUAAUGAUACUAAUACUACUAACCUUAACAUUCUUGCUGCUGCUAUUUUUAUCGCCAUUACUACUACUACCACAGUUGCUUCUAUUAGUUUUCCUCCUUCUACUACUGCUGCUGCUGCUACUUCUAUUUCUACCACUACUAUUAUUAUUACUAUUACUACUACUACUAC